AUGGCCUCCAGCCACCACUCCAGCCCGCUUCGCCCUACAUCCCCGACGACUCAUGAAUUAUCGACUCCGCGCAGGCGCCGGAGGUCGUCGCCCAAGGCGAAGCCGGUCGGGGGCCCCGGGGCUUUUGCCGGCAACGCUGGUGAGCAGAACACUGCUGAGGGCGAGAAUUCUACCCGAUUGUCCUUGAGACGCUUGAAGCAAGGCGAAAGCCAUCAAAGGAUUCACCAUGGAGCCUCAGAACUGCUGCGUCUAUCACAAAGCUUCCCCGGCUACCAUGGUCAAUCCGAGGGAGGCGGCUUCCACUCCGCGGCCGACCAAGCCCUCCCCAGCGACAGCGACCUGCACCACAUGGCCCAGCUGUCCCACAACAUCGCCAACAACAUUUUCGACAUCUUCGCGCUGAGGAAGGAAGACCGCGCAAGCAACCGGCGGCGGCAUUCGCAGAGUGCCGUCCACGCGAACGCGAUAUCGCGUAAAGGCGACAAGGGCGGCGGCGAGGUCGGCGAGCUCUACUGCCACAAGUGCCGUCGCACCGAUACCCCCCAGUGGCGGCUCGGCCCAGACGGGCCCAUGACCUUGUGCAAUGUGUGCGGCUUGAUGUACGCGAAGAGACAGCAGAACCAGGACGAUAUGACCAUGUCCGGUUCUUCCAGGAUGAACAGGCGCCUGCGGGCGGAUUGA